GGCUGGGGCGGGAGGGUUCCCGGGGUAUUGGGGUCAGGGUGGCAUUAGCCCAGCUCAAGCCGGGCUGGGCUGACUCAGCGUCCUGACGACCCUGCUCUUCCCCGGGCAGAGAUGGGAGAUGGCGCCGGUGCUGCCCCUGGUGCUGCCCCUCCAGCCCCGCAUCCGUCUGGCGCAGGGGCUCUGGCUCCUCUCCUGGCUACUGGCGCUGGCUGGUGGCCUCACCCUCCUGUGUAGCGGGCACCUACUGGCCCAGCUGUUGCACCUUCGCCCUUUCUUGGCUCCCUCUUGCCCGUUCAUUGCCCUGCCCCAGGUUGCCCUGGCCGCCGGUGCAGUGGCCCUGGGCACGGGAGUGGUGGGUGCAGGAGCCAGCAGGGCCAGUCUGGAUGCAGCUCAGUACCCUCCCUGGCGAAGGGUCCUGGGCCCCAUGCUGGUGGCUGGUGCUGCUGGGGGCGGAGGGCUCCUGGUCCUCGGCCUGGGGUUAGCCCUAGCCUUACCUGGAAGUCUGAGCACAGGACUGGAGGAGGGCCUGGGGGCUGCCAUGGCUCACUACAAGGACACAGAGGUGCCCGGACACUGUCACGCGAAACGGCUGUUGGAUGAGCUGCAGCUGAGACACCACUGCUGCGGGCGCCAUGGGUACAAGGAUUGGUUUGGGGUCCAGUGGGUCAGCAGCCGUUACCUGGAUCCCAACGACCAGGACGUGGUCGACCGGGUCCAGAGCAACGUGGAAGGCCUAUACCUGAUUGAUGGAGUCCCUUUUUCCUGCUGCAACCCCCACUCUCCCAGGCCUUGCCUGCAAAACCGGCUCUCAGACCCCCAUGCCCACCCCCUCUUUGAUCCUCGUCAGCCCAAUCUCAAUCUCUGGGCUCAAGGAUGCCAUGGGGUACUGCUAGGGCACCUGCAGGGAUUGGCAAGCACACUGAGCAGCAUGCUGGCUGUCACCUUCCUGCUGCAGACUCCAGUGCUCCUGGGCCUACGGUACCUGCAAACAGCACUGGAGGGGCUUGGAGGAGUCAUUGAUGGGGAAGGAGAGACCCAGGGCUACCUCCUUCCUGGUGGACUGAGAGACAUGCUAAAAACAGCAUGGCUGCAGGGAGGGGUUGCCCGCAGGCCAGCACCUGAGGAGUUUCCUCCAGAAGCAGCACCUCCUAAGGAGGAUCUACCUGAGGCCUAGUGGCCUGGAGCUUGGGGUGGGGACUGGAGGAGAGGGGGGAAGGAGUGGACAAGACUGGAAACCUCACAACUCUUUUGCCAAGGCUCCAGGUGGGGAAGGGAGGGUCCCUGGGAUUAGAAGGAUUAAGGAUAACCAGCGAGCUGGACUGGGGCCUCAGGCCUAGCCCCUAUGGCCAAAACAAGAGGGUGACAGGAAAGUGACAUGGGAAGGACUGGAGACUGCUUCUGGUGCAGACUCAAUAAAGCUUUUGGACUGAAGCCACUGAUCUUUCUCUUCAAGGAGGUGGGGGCCCUGAGAGAAUUGAUUUCUGUCUGAGACAGAAGCCAGGAUGCCAAGGUU